GCCACGAUGGUUGACACAAGUGUAUGCUGCUCCGGCCAUACUCAGUUGGCGUUCUCCCACCCCGCUGGAAAGGUAUACUGUAAGAAGGCUCAUCACACCUAUAACUUGGUGGAUGUUACUGUGAAGUGAUUGAAGGUGGCGUGAGAUAAAGUGUUAAGAUAUAUCCUUACUGGUCUACAAUGCCAGCCAGUAGUUUGUUCGCAGAAAUGGAGCGGCCAACACCGACUCCUAGCUCCACCUCCGCAAUGGACGAACAAAGGGCACUGCAGUUAGCCCUUGAACUAUCGUUAAUUGGAUUAAACAACGAAUCAUCAGUGCCCACAAGUGAACCAGAGCACUAUGUAGUCCAAGGUCUGGAUGCUGAAAGAGCCUCCACCAAAAGAUCGCAAAAUAUGACCGAGUGUGUAGCUGUGCCGUCGUCAGAGCACGUGGCCGAGAUCGUGGGAAGACAAGGAUGUAAGAUCAAGGCUCUGCGUGCCAAGACCAACACGUACAUCAAGACGCCCGUCAGAGGGGAGGAGCCAGUGUUCGUAGUUACCGGUGAGUUAUGUCACUACCCAGCUGUAACAACUACUUACCGUACAUGUGCAUGUCAUCCCGUCCACCUGCCCACACGUGCAUGUCAUCCAGUCCACCUGCCCACACGUGCAUGUCACCCUACCAUACAACAGCAUUAAGCUUUUGCAAUAAAUUCACU